CUAUACUUGUUUUGUUUAUUCAAUACUCUCUUCUCUUUUGAGAGGCGUCCUACUUGCAUGGAAGCACAGAAUCUAACAGCUGUCUCAGAGUUCCUUCUCCUGGGCCUCUCAGAUGAUCCAGAACUGGAGCCCAUUCUCUUUGGGCUCUUCCUGUCCAUGUACCUGGUCACUGUGCUUGGGAACCUGCUCAUCAUCCUGGUUGUCAGAUCUGACUCCCAGCUCCACACACCCAUGUACUUCUUCCUCUCCAACCUGUCCUUGGCUGAUAUUGGUUUCAGCACCACGACAAUCCCCAAGAUGCUGGUGAACAUUCAAACACACAGCAAGUCUAUCACCUAUGCAGGCUGCCUAACUCAGGUGUUCUUUUUUUUCCUGUUUGCAUGUUUGGACAGUCUGAUCCUGGCUGUGAUAGCCUAUGACCGGUUUGUGGCCAUUUGUCACCCCCUGAACUAUUCAGUCAUCAUGAACCCAAGGCUCUGUGGCUUGUUGGUCCUGAUGUCAUUUUUUGGCAGCCUUUUAGACUCUCAGAUUCAUUGUUUGAUGGUGUCCCUACUUACCUUCUGCCCAAAAGUGGAAAUUCAUCAUUUCUUUUGUGAUGCACCUCAACUCUUCCACCUUGCCUGCUCUGAUACCUCCAUCCACAGCAUACUUAUGUAUUUUAUAGGUGCCAUCCUUGGUGGUCUUCCCCUCUUUUGGAUCCUUUGUUCUUAUACACGAAUUGUUUCCUCCAUUCUGAGAAUUCCAUCCAUAGGUGGGAAGUACAAAGCCUUUUCUACCUGUAGCUCCCACCUGUUGGUUGUUUGCUUGUUUUAUGGAACAGCCAUUGGAGUGUACUUCAGUUCAUCCAUCUCCUCCUCCCUCAGGAAGGGUGCAGUGGCCUCUGUGAUGUACACUGUGGUCACUCCUAUGUUGAACCCCUUCAUCUACAGCCUGAGGAACAAGGACAUCAAGAGGGCAGUGCAGGGGAUGAUCAACAGAAGAGUCAAAUAUCAACAUUUGUGUUAA